GAUGGUUGCGGCAUUUGUCAGGGACCCGCCCUCCGGAAUAUUAGUGGUUCAUUCAUUGAAGCGUACGGAUCGACUAUAACAGAAGCUCCUCCUCUGCCGGAAGGAUACUGAAUCACGAAGUAACAGAAGUUAAGAUGGCUUCGAACCAACUGUUUGAGAAUUUAAUCUCAGUUGUAAAUUGCCAGAUCUGUCUAAAUUUCUUCACCAAUCCGGUUAUAGUAGAGUGUGGACACAACUUCUGCCACGGUUGCAUCACACAGUGUUGGGAAAGGGGUGAGAGAAUCAGCUGCCCGGAAUGUGGAGUCGAGAUUUCUGACCGUGUGCUCCGGGUAAAUCUAACCUUAAGAAGUUUGGCUGCGAAAGCGCGAGAACUCUCUCUGACUAUGAAGGAGGAGGAAAAUAAACCACAGUGUGAUAAACAUCGGGAAGAACUCAGGCUGUUUUGUUCAACCGAUAAGAACCUGCUCUGUGUGAGGUGUGUGGCUGAUACCGAACACAAAGGACACCGCUUCUUGCUGAUUGAGGAAGCUGUUAAAAUGUACAAGAAUCGAGAUAAAAGUUCCAUAGAGAAUCUCAUAAAGAGGAUAUCGACCAUCAAGGAAAUAGAGCGACAGCAAGCGCAGAAAAUCGCUGAAGUUCAGGAACAGUCAGUUAGUCUGACGUCCCACAUCAAGUCCUUAUUAGAUGAUUUGCAUCAGAUUCUCUUCGAGAAAGAGAAGCAUUUACUCCAGGAUGUCAGGAAGGAAGAGCAGAGGAUUCUAAAUCCAAUGGAGAAUAAUCUUCAAAAUAUUAAAGAGUAUUUAACUUCGUGUCAGUUCAACAUCUCAAAAUUGCAGGAAAGGAUCCAACUGCAAGACGGCAUAACAUAUCUGAAGGAGGAAGUUUGUGGGACCAGAAGGAUCAGCGAGGAAGUCCGUGAAAUGUUAAUAAAAGACGGUACCCUGACUGUUAAAAAAUUGGAUCAUGCAAGUAUGUUGAAAGCCAUGCUGAGUGAAGAAAUUAAUUGCAUCAGCGAAGACACUGCCUCUGUGACUCUGGACGUGGAAACGGCACAUCUGCGGCUCGAGGUGUCUGAGGAUCGGAAGAGUUUGAGAUGGAUCAGGACCAGCUGCAGUCGUCCUGACACUGGGCGAAGGUUUAUAUAUGGGGCCUGUGUACUGGGAUCGGAGGGAUUCACAUCGGGCAGACAUUACUGGGAGGUGGUUGUGAGGAACAAUCGGCGCUGGGCUCUGGGAGUGGCAGCGGAGUCUGUAGAGAGGAAUGGACGUCUGGUACUAAAACCAUAUAAUGGUACCUGGGCAAUCGGGCAGAUGGAUAGCAAAAUAUAUGCAUAUACUACACGUCGAUUGGAACUCCCUGCUGAACCCAUUCCCCAAAGGGUAGGGGUCCUUAUCAGUUACGAAGCAGGUACAGUUUCAUUUUACAAUGUGGUCAACAAGUCCCUUCUGUACACAUUCAGUAACUUUAGAUUCGCGGAGAAACUUUAUCCUUUCUUCCGAACAUUGGACAGAAACUGGUUGACCAUCGCUUCUGAUUCCAUUCUGAAUGUCUAAAUCGGAAAGAUUGUAAAUUAGCUUGGAAAGUGAA